AUGGCACCGAUACACUGCAGUCCAUUAUCCGGCGCUGCCCGGAGGAGCGCCGCACGUUUCCUCCAACCACAGUCUGUCUGCAGAGCUCAACCCAUGGCACCACGACCACGGGUGCAGCCACGCCGACCAGUCUCCUCGACCUCAAGACGGCAAUACAAACAACCAGCAGACAACCCCGAUUUUCACUCCAUCCUAGAUAACCCGCCCGAGCUGGUCCGAUCCGGCCGCAGACAUGGCCCCGGGCUUAUUAUCCUAGCAAUCAUACCUCUGACAGCCUUCGGCCUCGGCACCUGGCAGGUCUACCGCCUGAAAUGGAAGACGGACCUGCUGGCCAAGUGCGAGGACCGCCUCGUGCGCCCGCCGCUCCCGCUCCCGCCUCGUGUUGACCCGGCCGCCGUCGAAGACUUUGACUAUCGCCGCGUGUACGUCACCGGCCACUUUCGCCACGACCAGGAGAUGCUCAUCGGCCCGCGCAUGAGGGACGGCGAGCAAGGCUACAUGGUCGUGACGCCGCUCCAGCCCAUCGCCGCCGAGCAAGUCGAGGCGCCUGCGGCCAGUGGUGGCAACGGUGACAGCGCCGGGUCUUCGUUGUGGCAGCGCAUUUCUGGCUUCUUCUGGGGGAGUUCCGAUCAUGGCGGCAAAGAUGCUGCGACUCCGUCCUCGGCGCCGCAGGCCGCGGAGCCGCCGCCGCCUGCAGUACUUGUGAACCGCGGCUGGGUCAGCAAAAAGUUGGGAGACCAGAAAGACCGCCCAGAGAGUCUGCCCGAGGGCCCUGUUACAGUCGAGGGCAUGAUACGGAAGCCGUGGAAGAAGAACAUGUUCACUCCAGACAAUAGGCCCGACAUUGGAGAAUUCUACUUUCCCGACGUUGAGCAAAUGGCUCGCCUUACAGGCAGCCAACCUAUUUGGAUUGAAUCUACGAUGGAGCCGGGACUAUUGGAGGUUCUUGAAAUGCAACGCAAGGGCAUUCCAAUUGGCAGGGCAGCCGAGGUAAACCUCAGGAAUAAUCAUGCCCAGUACAUUUUUACUUGGUAUGCGCUGGCCGCCGCGACCUCGAUCAUGUUCUACUUGGUGGUCAAGAAGCCGUCAAAAGAUGUGACCCGCCGUGUCCGGAAGAACUACAGCUGGUAG